AUGAAGUCAGCUAUAAUUAUUGGUUUAAUAUUUGUUUCUUUGUCACAAACUAGGGCCAACUACUGCUAUUAUUCCUAUAGCUACUCAAGAUAUUACUGCUCCAACGACAACAGCGGUUACUUGGACAGUCGGAGCAUCGCUGGAAUAGUGGUGGGUUGUGUUGUAGCCUUAGCGGUUGUGAUUGCUGCCAUCGUCUACUGUAAAAAGAAAGAUCAGAACCAAACACGGGUGGUGGAAAUCCGGAGUAAUGGCACCACACAGAUACACUCCAUUACAAAUUUUCAUCCCCCUCCCGGACCACCAGGUGGGUACAUGCAUUCCUACGGAGGCAACCCUGCCUAUCCUCCAACGGGUAGGUUUCCCCCGCCGUUUAGACCUCAUCUGCCGGGGAACAUUGAUGGGCCACCCCCCGCGGUAUUUCCUCCGAACAAUCCGCCACAAUAUCCCGGAAUGCCACCUCCGGCCAGUUAA